AUAGGUCAGACAUUGUAGGCUACUGAACAGAGGUCGCUGUCAAUGGCCAUGAUGGUGAGGCUGUGGCAGUUCAUGCUCCUGUACUGGGCAUGGAGUCCUCUCUGUCUGCCAUUCAAUAUAAGCAUCAUAGGUACACCGCAGGAAUGCAAAAGUGCUCCAUUUGUCCCUGGUUACAAUCUGGGUGGAGAAGGCUUCGACAUCGUCACAAUGAAACGAAAAGGUGCCUAUGUCAUUGACACUGAAACAUGGAAGCUUGACAAUGGCACUUGCAGGCUAUUCAGCAACAGCUACAUGGACCAAGAGAAACAGAAGGUUCCAGUUGCCGUGUUAGACUGGAGAACCCUCCCCAAGUGCAGUUUGAAGGUCUCCGGUACAACCUAUGAUUCAGUCGAAACUCUUGUCAAUGAUUCCACCUCGGCCGUGACCAAUGAUUGGAAAAUUGACCUUGAAAUCCCUGUAGACCCAUCUGUCACUCUUGGCAUUGGCCUUGGAGGUUCCCACUCCAGAGAAUCUACCUUUGCAAUGAAAAAGUCGAAACAAGAUCGCUACACCUUCUUUCGCCAUUCUGUCUACUGUAGGUUCUAUAGCUACAGACUUGCAACGAAUCCUCCACUGAGUCAUGAUUAUGAAUCAGCUGUGAACUCCCUUCCUUCCUAUUCACUCAAAACAUCGUCAUUAUAUCGCAACCUGAUUGACACGUAUGGCACACAUUACAUCACACAAGUGUCUCUAGGAGGGGAGAUCAAAGCAAUUACUUCCAUGAAGACUUGUGAGGCAACCAUGGGUGGACUGUCAGCAACGGAGGUCAAGGACUGUCUGUCAGUCGAGGCCUCUGCUUGCUUUCAAAACACUGCCAAAAUCAAGGCCAUGUAUAAACACUGUCAGGAGAAGAAGAAGAAGUUAGGCUCUAACCAAAGUUUUAGCAGUAUGUUUAAUGAGCGCAACAGCGAGACCAUUGGUGGGCACAUUGACAGUGCCGAUAUCCUUUUUGACGAGCAAUCAAACCCGUCUGUCUAUAACAGCUGGCUCAGCUCACUGAAAACCACUCCAGAUGUGAUCCGUUACAACCUAAAGCCGCUGCACACCUUACUGCCAAGUACUCACUCUGCCAGGGCUGGACUGAAGAAAGAGGUUGAGAACUACAUCAAGAAAAAUGCUGUGUUGAAAAAAUGCUCCGAAACUUGUAAGAUUGGCCACAGAUCCAGCAAAAGGGAUCCUUGUGCUUGUGUUUGCAUCAGUGAUAGUAGUGUAAAGUCAAACUGCUGUCCUGCUGGGAGAGGUCUUGCCACAUUAAAGGUGUUCAGGCUCUAUGCAGAAGAGUUGUAUGGUGAUAAGUGGACAAAGACAGAUGGUUCAGUGGAGGUGAGAUAUGGUGAUCAGAUAAAGCGCACUGUCAUCAUAAGUAACAAUGACAAUCCCAAAUGGUCUGAGACUUUUGAGUUUGGAUCCAUCGUCAUGAACAUGAGAAACAAGCUCACGUUCAGUGUUUAUGAUGAGGACACUUACUGGAACAGUGAUCUGCUUGGCCAGUGUACUUUUGAUCUGCAUAGAGGUAAGGUGAGCGAUAGCUGCAUGUUAGAUCAUGGUACCUUUUUCUUCUCCUAUGUAGUAGAGUGCGCACCAAGUCUUGGUGGUGACCAGUGUCAAGAAUACACAUCCUCCCCCAUGAGUCCCUCUGUGGCCAACAUCUUUCACAGCAGAAAUGGGGUGCUCCUUGGAGAGACUAUGCAUGCAGUCAGUUAGUUUGAAAUCAGCUGUUGACCUGAGAUGAGGUGAUAAGAGAAUAACAAUUUGAUUUUUCAAUCAUCACAGAUGUAGUUAAUAGCAUCUUUCACACAGUUGCUCUUUCUGUCUUUGACUUUUGUUAAAAAGUAAUAAGAUAAUGACUUAUGUUAACCCUUAAAUUUAAUCAAAAAUUGUCUGUGAAAAAUUUGUGUGUGAUAAUCCACCUUUUCUGCUUCUGCUUUAUUAUUUAUGAAUAACUCUGCCAUUAAAGCAUCAACAAAGACAA